AUAACACUCAUUAUCCAUAUUCUUGAUCCCUUCGUGCCUCAUAUCUUUAUACUUCUCCUCGCUUUUUCAUGUCCUCACUAUAGGUGCUUAUCGACAUCCGUAUUUCACGGCGUCUCGCGUGGCGACCGCUGACACGGACGCCUGAAUCUAUGCCACCCCCCUCUUCAUCUUGAUGUGAGGCUUGUUCACAUCCGCAUCUCAGGAUAUCAAGACUUUUUGGUGAUUAUUGGCUUCUUAGACAGUCAGCAUGGUCGCGCAAAGGAAUGCUGCUUUCGCGGAAGAGAGCGCAGAAGUGGAAGUCCUGCUUGCUUCCCUGGGCAAAACGAAAGACCUCACCAAGAAAAUCGCCGCAAGUCUGGCUCGACUAGAUGCCAGUGGACAGAUUGUCAACGAUGCAAUCGGACCUAUAUACGGCAAUACUAAACAGCUUCAGGUUACGAGCCGAAAUAUCGAUAGAGUUAAUGAAGCCAUCGAGAAACUUCGCCAACCUCUAGAUGCCCGUGGUCGGGAGGAAAACAUCAUCCGACAAGGUCCGAAGAGUGCUGGACUGCCACAGUAUCUGGCAGCACUGAAGCGAGUCGACAAGGCAUUAACUGAUCUCAACUCUUCGGGAUUACGGUCGAACCAACAAGCGAUUUCAGAGUUUCAUAAUUUACUGCUGACGGGCGUCAACCAGCUGAACGACUUGUAUCGGAAGAUGUUACAAGAAGAUGCCAACAGUAUCGAACCUCUUCAUUUCAUCACGAAGCAAAUUCCAUUUCCAUCAGUAGCUCAGGACAAGGCGCAGACCCUGGGUCAGAUAUCCAUGGCCAUUGCCUCGGCGGGAGCACAUUCAGCCAGGCUGGGACAACGCGAUGACGAUGUCGCAGCCCGCAUGUACGCGGAGAUUCGAGGAGACUAUAUAAACAAUAGUCUUCAAAACCUGUCCAUGGCUUCGAUCAGCACCUCGAAGCGCCGCAACACUGACACAACGAUCUAUCGAGAAGGUUCAAGCGGCGUCGGAGCGUACGCCAAAGCUCUUGAGAGCAUGUUUCUUGCCGAAGCUGAGAAUACAUCACGCAUUUUCCGCAACGAUGGUGGCCGCGUCUUUGGCAUGACUUGCUCCAAGGCUCUAUCCACUUUUGCCCGGACUCUAUCCGAGCUGAACAGUUUCAUCAAAUCUCGCCUCCUAACAGACUGCUUCCUCGCCUACGAAAUCCUCGAUCUCGUCACACCCCUCAGCUACCGGCUGGACUCUCGAACAGGCCAGCUCCGUUCACAAUUCGCCGACGCUCUCCGACCGCUCCGCGAAACAGCGCGGUCCUCGUUCAGUGACCUACUCACCCAGACCCGACGACAGGCAGAGACCGUAUCCACCCUCCCACCUGACGGCAAUACCAUUACUCUCGUGUCCGAAAGUGCUAAGCGGCUACAAACCCUCGCAAACUUCGACCGCCCCUUACUCGUCCUGCUGUCAUCCAUCGGUGACGGGAACUGGAAGGGCCCUUCGUCCUCCGCGGGCCUCGCAUCCCAGUCGAGCCUGAACCUGGAACUCACCCCGUCGGCCGAGAACCCCAACCUCCUGAGCCACUAUCUCCUCGACCUCGUCGACACCCUUCUCGGGACACUCAACACGCGCUCCCAGACCAUCCACCCCAAAAAGUCCAUGCAGGGCAUCUUCCAACUCAAUUCCGCGGCCGUGCUCGCGCGCGCCGUUCAAUCGUCCCCCGAUCUUGCGCGGUACAUCGGCAUCAGCCCACACAAUGAGCGCCUGGAGAAGUUCCGCAAGCGCGCGACCGAACUGUACAUGACGUCGUGGCGCGAGGCGAGCAUGCACCUCUUCGACACGAUCCACACGUCCGGGUCGAGGCCCAUGUCCGGUCAGGGGCCGGGCCAGGCCAUCGACAGCACGAGCAUCAUCAAAUCCCUCGGCAGCAAGGACAAGGACAAGAUCAAGGAGAAGUUCAAGGUGUUCAACACGAGCUUCGACGAGCUCGUCGUCAGGCACAAGGGCCUGCACAUGGAGAAUGAGGUGCGGAGCUACAUCAGUCGCGAGAUCACCGCGUUGAUCGAGCCUCUCUACGCCCGGUUCUGGGACCGAUACCACGAGGUCGACAAGGGCAAGGGCAAGGUCGUCAAAUACAGCAAGGGCGAGUUGAGCGGCAUGUUGGCUACUUUAUAGGUGGUGGUUGGAAUGAUUGGGAUGGAGAUGGGUAUCUUUCUUUUUCUUUUUGGAAGAUCUGUGCUUGGAAAACAACGGCGUAGGUACUAUAUGUUUGAUAGCGAACCCCUGGUUGGUUUUAUACGGAGUACGAAGACAUCUAUCAGCAUCUUGGUAGCACGCCACAGAGUAGUUUUAUUUGGAUAGCAGCAAACGGUGAUUUGGAUAGCCAUUACAACAUCCUUGACUUCUUUAUGAUGGGAACUGGGUAGGUUUGUCUUGUAGGUACAAGUAGGUGGCAUUCCCA